GCUCCGACCCGCUGCCGAGGACACUCUGAAAUGUAUCGCUGUCCCUUUUUUUUAACUGGACGUUUUGUUUCCGGUGUUUUCAUAUAAACCGCAGGGACGCAUCGACACAGGAUACACGGCGCUCUGUGAUUGUCCCGCUCCUACCUUGUCGAGGUUAAAGCUGGCUUUUCAUUUCAUAAGAGCUUUGGUCUCUACAUUACAUGUUCCUUAUCCUUCAUUUUUUGAAGGAUAACUAGUGAUCGGAUCUUAGCCAAGAAGAAUCGGGAAAUAGUAUGAUUCUUUGUGUACCAGGUCCGAGAGCUUCUCUGCCCGGUGCUCUGUCCACUGAGAGUCCACGGGGUAUGCGGGCAGGAGCCGCACCUUCCACGCCAUGCCUUCAAAGCACCCCCCCACCAUGGGACCCCACAAAGGACCUGCGAGCAAUUGCAAGCAACUUCUGCUAUCUAGAAAAUUCAGGGUGGUACUGGGGAGCUGUAACGGCGGCUCAGGCCCACGCCGCGCUGCAGGAGGCGUCUGAAGGAGCGUUCCUGGUGCGAGACAGCAGUCACCCUCUGUACAUGCUGACCCUCUCGGUCAGGACGGCCCGCGGUCCCACCAGUAUACGGAUCCAGUACAGCGGCGCCAUGUUUCUGCUCGACUCCAGCUCCCCGGCCCGGCCCACCCUGUCGUCCUUCCCCAACGUGCCCAGCCUGGUGCAGCACUACAUGGGGCCGGAGAGGCAGGCCGAGGAGGGGAAGGUGGUGGAGGACGCUCCUUCAAAGCCCUCUCAGCAGACAAUUCAGGAGACGUCUGUGGUCUUAAAACUCAAGCGGGCCGUGUUCAAGCCCCAGGGGCUCCCCUCUUUACAGCACCUCACGCGCCUCGUCAUUAACAGACACUCGGACUGCCCCGAACAGCUACCGCUCCCGAGGCCUCUGCUGCGUUACGUACAGGACUACCCCUUCAAGGUGUAAAGGCUCCCUGAGGUCCAUUAUUCCAACCUAAAAGGAGGGUGGGGGGGAAGCCCCUGUCACACAGGUCCUGUCCUUCAAAGAGUGCUGCACAAGCUGUUGGGAGGCCCAGUCACGAAAAUGCUGGACACGGGGUCAUAACUUUUGCUGAAGAAAUGGGCACAAUAUCAGUAAAUACUGACUGGGCUGGUUUCACACUUGAUUCGUGGAGGACUGAGUGACGAAGUACACGAGGUGAAGAGGACUUGAGAGCAAACCUCCGUACUGUAAUCCUUUAUUUCAUGAUGGAUGUGGAAAUUGUCCAUAUCUGUAUUACCAUAAUCAGUUAAUGAAGUACAAGCAGUUCCAAAGAAGGACAUGGAUUCCAUCGAGACAUCUUUUAUGACAUUUUUUCUACCUUU